AUGCCGCCCUGCUACCAAGAUUUGACCAAUCAGAUGCUGCCCUGCUACCAAGAUUUGACCAAUCAGAUGCUGCCCUGCUACCAAGAUUUGACUAAUCAGAUGCCGCCCUGCUACCAAGAUUUGACCAAUCAGAUGCCACGCUGCUACCAAGAUUUGCGAGAACCAAUUACCUUCCACUGCGCUCCGGAUGGACUGGCAUUACCUUCCACUGCACUCCAGACGGUCCGACAUCUUUCGCCGCAGUUUUGGUAGGUUUAUUUUCUUGUCUUAAUAUUAGAAUUUCGACUUAACCUCCAUUGAUAGCUCAUUAACCAGGGCGAUGAACGUUUUGCAUGAUUUUCGGAUGACUGUCAGUUAACCAGGGCGCUCGUGGGCUUAAAUGAAAGUUUUACAUGAUUUUCGGACGACUGUCAGUAACAGUUAGCUAGCCAAGUCACUGUACGUACAUGAAAUAAAAUUCGGAUUUAUGUGUGGCGGCUGAUAACACUUAGAUGUGUUAGCCUAUUUGCUCGCAUAUGCACUCAUGCACAGUGAAUAACGGGCUAACCAUUUGGUACGAACGCUGGCGUUACCUAAUCGUCAGUCCGAGAUGUAAAUAACUCCACAGUUUGCUAUCUAUUGUUUGAGAAAUUGUUGGUGUACAGGUUGUUGCAUUAGUAAAGCAGUUCAGGGAAGCUAAAUGUGUGCACAAAUACAGUAGUGUACCUAACAAAUAACUGGUCAUAAGAAAGUAAACUGUGAACAGCUAUAUCAUGCAUUGUAGGCUAAUACUGUAUCACAGACAGGCAAAUGCGAUCAAAUCGUGCAUAACCUAAUUUACAUGAGGAGUAAUAGAGGCGUUGAGCUUGAUUUAUUUUACUUUAGGUAGGCGUGAGUUCCGAAUGAAAGGAAAUAACACAAGAAUGCAUAGGCUUUGUGAUCAUAUGCAGAAAUAAACAAGUUAGCAAUGCAAUAAAAAUACUAUUUUGCUGUAUCUCUAUCCUGUAGUAAAAUAAACUAGAACCCCCCAAAAAAAACUAAAUAUGAAGAAGACAGACAUAACUUGAAUAUUUGUGAGGCAGAUCUAUACAAUCACAUAUCCAUACAUACUUCUGCUUACAUACAUACCUCCAAACAAGAGUGAGAAUUAGGCUUUUACAAUAUACAGUAGGUGCAAUAUAAGAGGUCAGAGCAAGUAUAUUCUGUUUCUUUUUCUACCAUAGGUAAUGGAACCUAAAUUUCGAAGAAGAGGGGAUGGCCGUGCCUUCCUCUUUGAUUCAGAGGACGCAAGGAAAGUUAAAGCUGAGAAUAGGCCAUGGGCUCCAGCUUGCUCAGCACAGGAAGUUAGGGAGUCUGCAAAGAUGGCUGUUCCGCAGCUUGGUGGAGACCCAGCAAAUGAGCAGCAUCUACUGGGCCAGCAUCAGAUGCAGUUUGGCAUGUUUCGAGGCCAAACAUUUCAGUGGGUAGCUGAAAAUGCCCUCAGGUAUGCUGGAUUUGUGGUUGCCUCAAUGUCAGAGGAGUCUGGACGCUCUGAUUCAGAGAACAACCUGAUGAACAAGAGAGCAUUCCAGAGGUAUAUUUCCCACUAUCCUGCAGGCCGAUAUGCCAUUCAGGUUAAGUUGGAGGAAAAAGCCUCCAAAAGCUCGACUAAACCUGCCACUGCCACCGCCACACAACCCUCUACCUCAUCACAACCCUCCACUUCAUCACAACCCUCCACCUCCACUCUCUUUCUCUCUCACAUACUCAGUUCAUUAUGCUUUAUUGGCAUAAAUGUCUUGUGAACAAAUUUUGGACAUGACCAAAGAAUAUGCAUGAGAUGAGUAUACAUACAUAUAACAUGCUUAUACUUUGAGGUAUCAGUGUGAAUAUUUGAUAAGAAAAACCAGUGAAAUGAAGUAGUGCAUUUUCCAUGUGUAUUCUCUCCAAAUGUAAGACUGUGGUUUUAUACAUACCUUCUUUCAUUCCUUCUUUCUCUCAUAUCUGUUUAAUAGAGAGCAGAAUUUGCCUGCCUGCCGGUUAGAUCCCUGCCCUGCCAGAGGUUGACCAGCACUGGAUUGCGAAGGUCCUGUUUCGGUGGUCACGUAACAAUCAGCCAGAGCUGGACCAUUCAAAGGUGGACAGAAUGUGCUGGUACCCACCUCGCCCAUCGCUGACCUCCAGUGCCAUACCCACAUUGGAGCAGUUUUUUGGGCACCCCUUGUUCCUGUGGAUGCCCAGGAAGCUGUGGCGUGUGAGGCUGCUCUGUCCUCAUACAGACUGUGGGAAAUCAGAGCUCACUUCUGCUGGGAUUCAUCAGAGGAUCAGGCAGGUGGUUGGUGUCAGCAGUUCUUACCACCUGGCAUCUGAAUAUCUUGCCUGUAAGAGCUGCAAAAGAAAAUUCAUCAGCUGGAGCCACACCAUAGUCUUCCAGCUGGACAUCGGCCACCGCAUCCAAUUCCCGUGUCUGCUGACACACAGGCUUGGAUGCGACAUGCAGGUUGUGCGCCUGAUGCGUCAGCAAGGCUUGGGGAACAGCAGCAGCCAGCUUCAGAAGCAGUUGGAGGAGCAGCACGCAGAAACAUGGAUUGAACAGCAAAUCCAAUUUCUCUCUGAGUACCAAGGAGUUGCACAAGCCGUCUCCUCUGGGCUGAUUUCACCAGUCCCGCCAGGGGAUUUGCCAGCUAUGCCUGCAGUACCAAAAUAUCGCUGGCUAAUGCAGGUGUACGCUCAGGAUGUCCUCAGCUGGCUGGAGGAAGUCAAAGCUUCCAUCACCUCACUCUUUGGCCAGGUCUUGAAAAUGGACUCAACCAAAAAGAUAGUAAGGAAGCUGGCAGGUCAGGCCCGGUCUACAGCUGCUUGGGCCACAAAUGUUGGGAAUGAGCAUGGACACGUCAUCAUGUCUGUGCUCACAGCAAGUGAGGGCUGGGGCCUGAUGAAGAUGACAGAGGGUCUUGUGAGGCGCUACAAGGAUGCCGGGGUGCCACCCCCAGAGAUCCUGUAUGUAGACCGUGACUGCUGUGGGAACUCGCACCUACACAAGAUCUUUGGGGCAUGGCCGGCCUUGAAGGUUCGGUUGGACGUUUGGCACUUCAUGAGGAGGUUUGCAGCUGGAUGCACAACCAAGUCCCAUGCUCUCUAUAUCAGCUUCAUGGCUCAUCUCAGCCGCUGCAUCUUUGUGUGGAAUAAGACUGACUUGCAGCAGCUCAGAGCAGCCUAGCAGGCGGAGCUAGAAGCAAGGCACAUGCGUCCCACUGAGGCUGAUCUGACUUCUCACAUCACAAAGUCAGAGAUGAUGCUUCACUGCAGGAGGGUUGUGCGGAAAAGCACAGAGAUGGAGGACAUGCUUACAGAGUUGAUUGAGGCAUAUGAUGGAGUGAGGGGCUGCAAUACUCUGGGUGUGCCUCUGAUCAACUCUGCGAGGAUGGCUGAAAUCUGGAAGGCCCAGCGCAAGCACAUUCCCUGCCUCCAGGACACUCCGGGUUUCGAGCUGUAUACACAGACUGGGACACAGAAGAAAGGUGGUCAUGUGCUGCCAACGUACAAAUGUGCCAGAGGUUCAACUGCGCUGGAGAACUUUCAUCUGCACAUGAACCGGUUCAUCCCAGGUGCACAGUGUUAUGUUUCCAUAUAAGCUGUAAUAGAAUAAUAUUUAUGAUUUCACAUAUAUUUGCAUUCAAGGAAUCACAGUGCAUAUAUUUAAUAUUUUUCAGGAAUCCUGGCAAGUGACACCUUUUUUCAGGCAUAUCUGGUGGAUUGUCUUUCUAGGUGGAAUGAGGACAGGACAGUGACAGCACAGGGGCUUGAAGGGCCACACUUCUACAGUGGCCUCCUUAGGCAUGUCGCCAACUGGCUGUCAGAGGAGGUGCUUGGGAGAAAGCUGGUCGAGUACACGUCCCCACGAAAAUACACCAGUAUGCAUGUGAUAAAUUAUUACCUCUGAUUUUAUUUGGAUACAUAUUCCUGUGACUCACACUUCUUUGUUGUUGUUGCAGGAGAGCUCAUUGGCAUCCAGUACUUGUACAGCCAAAAUAAUGCUGUCAUGCAGGACUACAAGUUGGCUCUUACAGCACUGGAGACAGAGGAGAUCAUAUUGGCAGAGAGGGAGUUAUUGCAUGAUUAAUGUACUAACACUAAUAAUGCUCAAUAUCUUUGCAGAUGCUUUGCAGCUGGGAGGAGCGCAGCGCAGUGGCCUGACAGCAAUUGUGUCUGUGAGUCACUGUUCGUCAAGCUUUGCAAGGAGUACAGGGGACCCAGACGCAUUGAUGGAGUCAGGCAUGAGCGCUGGAGCCUCGUGACCAGGGCAAACCUCCACAUCCAGCAAGUGAUUCUCAACAAUGCUGCGGUGAUGGAGGGAACAACUAUUCAGCUACCGGUGGUGAAUAGUGCAACAAUUGCAACCUGGUGAGUUGGUAAACACUUAACCUUGUGACAUAAUAACCUAAUAUUUAUGCUAGUUUCUGAGUAGACAUCUUGUACUCUUUCAUUGCCCUAUGUUACACAAAAAUAAUACUAGGAUUAUUUUUAGGUACUGCAAACGUGAAAGGCGACAGGACACGCAGGUUCUGGAGCAAGGAAUUUCUGCUCCAAAUCCUGCCACAGUGAGCCCAGAGAGCCUGCCUCCUGCAGUCGAGAGGAAAGGCAAACCCUGCAUGCCUCCCACCAGUGAGAAAGAUUCGCAUGUGUUUGUUCUGCCUCCUAAUAGUGCAGGAACAGCCCGGCUGAAGCAGAAACUCAAAAACCCAGUGGCGCCAUGUCUUAGGCCACCUUUGCUUGCAGCUCUGGAGCCACCACUCCAGGCUGCAGCACAAACUCUGCAGCCUGCACCCCAUCCUCCUGUGCCUGCAUCCCGACCUCUCCUGCUUGCAUCCCAUCCACCUGUGCUUGCAGCCCAACCUCUCCUGCCUCCACCCAGACCUCCUCUGCCUGCAGCCGGACCUCUCCUGCCUGCACCCAGACCUCCUCUGCCUGCAGCCUGACAUCUUCUGCCUGCUACCAGACCUCCUCUGCCUGCAGCCGGACCUCUCCUGCCUGCACCCAGACCUCCUCUGCCUGCAGCCCGACCUCUCCUGCCUGCACCCAGACCUCCUCUGCCUGCAGCCCGACCUCUCCUGCCUGCACCCAGACCUCCUCUGCCUGCAGCCUGACAUCCUCUGCCUGCUACCAGACCUCUCCUGCCUGCACCCAGACCUCCUCUGCCUGCAGCCCAACCUCUCCUGCCUGCACCCAGACCUCCUCUGCCUGCAGCCCGACCUCUCUUGCCUGCUCCCAGACCUCUUCUGCCUGCAGCCCACCCUUCUCUGCCAACUCCACAACCAACGGUUUCUGUCAGACCUGCAGGAGCCUUGCCUUACACCACCCAGCUCUACCAUCAAGAGGAAGAGCAAACUGGCAAAACGAAAAGGUCUUACACACGAAAGACCAUCACCUGCAAACAGUGCCAGAAGAAGCGGGACCCUGCCACCCACCAGCAGUAUUUUGGUAAUUGGUACUGUCAGGCCACAGUCAACAUGA